UAGGUCAAAAAGAAGGCCUUGGGUGUCGCGAUUCUGGCAGUCCAAUAAAAUAUAUUUUCAACAUGAUGGCAAUGAUAACGGGAACUGAAGCGCCACCUCUGCAAGCUCCACCUGAAGCGCGAGGUCACGAGGUGGCUGUUUUACGUGUGUUCCAUUUCGGGCAAUCAUCAAGGAACGAAGAACAUGAAUUCUCUUAGGAAAGGGUCUCUUUUGGUGCGCCAAAGAAUCACACUUCCCAAACGACUGAAAGAGACAAUCUACCAAAAUGCCCCAGGGAAGGACCUGGACCCUUCGAGGAGAGAAAAGGUCGUAACACGGUGGAAAAUGCUGCUCUCAUCUGCCGCCACGGCGAUCUUUGCCACGGUCAUCUUUGUGCUGUGGUACGCUUUCGAGGUAUCGAACAAAAACGACGGCCAAGAUUUCUUUGCAGGGGGAGAGACUAAAACCACCACUGCCGGCAGGGAAAACGUCCCAGACAUUAAGCCAGUAGAACAAGCGGCGUCUCUUUGCACGUCAGCCAGUUGCCAGCAGUUCUCGAGCAUCUUCCAGUUGACCCUGCUGAACGAAACCGACCCCUGUGACGACUUCUAUCAAUACGUCUGCGGCGGCUGGAAGGCACGCAACCCGAACGAAUACAGCGUGAAGACCGAACACCAGCAGCGCAUCGUAUCCCUGAUGGAAACCAUCCUCUUGCAGCGCCGACUGUCCGCAAAGACCAUAGACGACAAGGCACUGUUCCUCUACGAUAGCUGCAUGACGCUGAGCCCGAACCAGGAAACACUGAGAAUGAUGCUACGCGAAGUCGGGGUCGAUAACGACGCCGAUUCCGGAGAACAUCCCCUGGAGAAGAUGAUCCGUAUCAACGCACUGUUUGGAGUCAGUAUAUUGUUCGACAUCAAGAGGAGUACCACGAUUACGUGCGCCGGAAGGAGGAUACUAGUCUUCCAUCUCAUCAACCCUACUAUGUAUACUAUGGCUCUAGAGAGGCUGAUGAAAGGCGAGGGUUUUAUGAGAAACGUCUUCUGGAGCGUCCUGAAUAAGACGCUUUCUUCGGAGACGUUCAAGGAGAUCGACGAGGUGAACAAGUUUCUGCUUUCGAGGAGGAUUGAAGACGUCUCUAUGACUAGCACAAGACGCUUCAGACUUGCCGACGGAGGUAUUUUUGCGGGAAACGUUAGGUUGAGCACCGUGUUCAUGUACCUGGGGAAGUACCUUAAGCAAAAGUUUGAAGAGGAAGACUGCAUUGGCGCGGACUCCUCUGAACUCCUCACCACGCUUGGCAGCUUCCUGGAGAGUUUCAAAAACGAAACACUACACAGGUUCCUGGACUGGUCGGUGCUGCGGCGGGCGGCACCGAUGGCCGACCCUAGCCUGGUGGAGGGCAAGUACCGCCACAUGUACUGCUUCGACAAUCUGGAGAGGGUGCUCAGGCAUCCGACCUCGGCCAACUACCUGCUCACGCUGGUGGCACCUGGAGACCACACCAUGCGCCAGGCGUCCAACCUGAUCAAAGCCGUCGUGGACGCGUCGCUGUUCCUCAUCGGAACCACGGACUGGAUGGGCACCGCCGAGAAGCGGGCCGUUGGACGGAAGAUGAACAACAUUAAGCGCGUCAUGGGAUAUCCACGGGGCCGUAUGGAUGAUGACCUGGGUUCGCUGCCGCCCAACGCGAGCUCCAUGGAUUCGCUGCAAAUCUGGGCGCACGAGGUGAGAGCGGCGAGGGAUAAGCAGUUGGACGCGUCCAGAGUGGACGUGGGACCGCUGUACCCGCUCGGCACGAAACUCAUGGUGCGUGUGGACGACAACACCUUCGGCGUGCCGGCAGCGCUGCUGGUGCCUCCGUUCUUUGGCCGCGGCGGGGCGGAGUCGGUGAAUUUCGGCAUCCUGGGCACGAGUGUGGCCUCCGCGCUCCUGGGGCUCGCUUUCCUCGGGGAGCAGAACACCACCAAGGUGGAGAAAGGAUCGUCUGAUCUGAGCAGGCAGCUGAACAGCACAAUGAACUGCCUGAACAAAGCCUACUGGGAAGUGACGGGAAAGACGUUGGACGAGGCUGACUUGGAGGGCGGCUUCCUCCAGUGGACUUCGCUGACGCCCGCUUACAUGGCCUUCCUGUCCAUGUCGGAAGGCAAGAGGCUCAAGGGACUCGAGUUUCUCGGCGACGAGCAGCUGUUCUACGUAGCUUUCUGUUACUCAAUGUGCGAGAACGCCCAGGCAGCGUCCCUGGGAGAACGAGCCUCUCUGGCGUCCUCUCGCUGCAACGUUCCCCUGAGCAUGGCUCCACAGUUUGCGGACGCCUUCCGUUGCCCCGCCGGGUCCCCGAUGCGCCGGGAAAGCCCAGGGUGUUCUUUCUGGCUCAGCUGAUCAUAUCUGCGAUCCAGAAAGUGCUCUGCGUGGCGUCCUCGAUCCGGGAGUUCCCGGAUGUCGUAGUGUUAGACUUUGUACGUAAUUUACCGGGGGUAAAUUACGUACUCGCUGCUAUAUAAUACUUCCAGA